AUUAUGAAGACAUUCCUGACCCUCCUCUUCCUCCUUCCCCUCUGCUUCUCAGUCCCCAUCAGCCGCCCCACCAACUGGCUCAGACAAUGUCGAGAGUCCACCAACAGCUCCAUCACCGCUCUGGAGGUUCUGCCUGGCGGGGGCUGGGACAACCUCCGUAACAUGGACAUGGGCCGAGUCAUGAACCUGAGCUACUUCCAGUGCCAGUCCACCGAAGAUGGGAUCUACCUCAUCCCGGACGAGGUGUUUGUCAUCCCCUACAAAGAGACUGGCUUGGAGACAAACUCAGAGAUAAUCAGCUCCUGGCUGGACCAGACAAGCUCGACAUCUAACUCCAUCAACGCUGAGGUAUCUUUUUACUCCGUGCUGAAUGCCAAAUUUUCUGUAGAGAACCAAAGGAUGAAAACACAUCAGGUCAAAGACUCUUCAGCUACAGCCAAAGUGCAGGUUCGUAAUCUAAUCUACACAGUAAAGGCUUAUCCAGACUUCACUCUUGACCUACGCUUUGCUCAACAAGCCAAAGAAAUCGCCAGUGCCAUUGAGAACAACCAAACAAUAACUGCAAACUAUCUCUCAGAGAAGAUGGUUCUGGAUUAUGGGACCCAUGUAAUCACGAGUGUUGAUGCCGGGAGUGCUUUGGUUUCAGAAGACUAUCUCCGCAAGUCAUAUGUGGCAAAUGGCUCAUCAGACACUUCAAGCAUCAAAGUACAGGCAGGGUUCAACUUCUUUGACAAACUCAAGUUUGACAUAAGUAGUAAUAACACCCAACAGAGCUCCUCACUUCAGACAUACCAGUCCAAUAUCCAGUACUCUCUCAUCCAAAGCCAUGGUGGCAUUCCUUUCUAUCCUGGCAUCACUCUAAAGAAGUGGCAGGAAAGCACCAAGAACAACCUGGUUGCUAUUGAUCGUUCUGGAUAUCCUCUGCACUUCUUCAUAAACGUCAACACACUCCCUGAUCUGCCACAGCCCACCAUUGGGAAAGUGUCUCUCUCAGUGAGUCAGGCCAUAGAGCGAUACUACAAGGUCAACACGAGGCCAGGAUGUGUGGACGUCACCUCCCAGAACUUCAACUUCCAAGCCAACGUAGAUGAUUCAUCCUGUGAAGGUCCUGCUACAAACUUCAGCUUUGGCGGGGUCUACCAAGUGUGUGAUCCAAUCAGCUCAGAUGCAGACCCUCUAUGUGAUGCUCUGGCCCAGAAAAACCCUGACACGGGUUAUUUCUCUUGCCGUCCUCCUUACACCCCCACUUUACUAAGAUCUGAAGUGAGACAGCAGGGUUACACUACGUAUGACUGCCACGAUCAAACAUAUCGUUGUGGGUUGUUUAAAGUUAGAAAAUGUCAUCGCCAAGUGUGUCAGCACAACUACCAUGUCCGUUCUGCACGCAUCGACACCUACUGGUGCUCUGUCGAAACUGCCCCAGAGAACUCAGGUUAUCUGUUUGGAGGGAUUUACAGCCCCUCUCUCCUGAACCCUAUCACUAAUGCCCAAAGGUGCCCACAAAGCUUCAUUCCUAUAAAGUUUCUCUCUGAUGGGCAGGUGAUCUGUAUGAGCAAAGACUAUGAGGCUGGCAGCAGAUCUGCAGUGCCGUUCGGAGGCCUCUUUAGUUGUCAGUCAAGCAACCCACUUGCUAACUCCACAUCCCGUUGCCCUCCCAAAUUCAGUCAGCAUCUCGUCUCAGUGAGCGACAGCUGUGAAAUCUUUUACUGUGUCCAGUCAGGGCAGUUCACAGGAGGGCAGCUGCUUCCCAUCCAUCUGCCUCCAUUCAGUAAAUCUCCACUCCACAGCAUGCACACCCUGAAUACAGUAGUAGUGAUGACCGAGGGAGAUCAAACGUGGGUCAGAGUAGGGAAGACCAAGUCGUGGAAACUGGCCACACUAGAGGAAGUCAAGAAAAUCCUGGAAGAGGUCAACCCAGAGUCUGAUGAGAUGUCCAGUGGAGAGCAGGCAGGGCUAGUGUGUGGGGUAAUUGGGGUGAUGGUGCUGGCGGUGGCGGUGGUGGUGGUAGUCCUGGUGAAGAGAAGGAGAAAGCUGUCUGGGAGAGCUACAGACUAUGACAGGAUCGGUGAAGAGGCUGAGCAGCAUGAAAGAGGGACACCGCAAGAAGAAGCUUAAGAAACACAGAGGUUAGUGGCUUAGACACCUGGGAGGUAGGGCUGAACUGAUACUGAUGGUACUUAUGAUUUUAACUCAGGGUUGCUACAGAUAUUUUAAUUUAAGACGUUUAAAGACUGCGAUGAAGGGUAAAAAACUAAUUUAAAGGUAGUGAGAUUUAUCAGUAAAGCCGACUUCUCUGUAUUAACCCACUGUUUAUGACAUGUCAGUUUAUGUAGGAUGAGUUUUUUUGUCGAAACACCAACAUUUGAUGAUUUCUGGUACAUUUAAUGUCCUUAUUCUAUCAAUUUAGUAAUAUUUAUCAAAACAUUUGCAACAAGCAUGUAUGCUGUGUUUGAUAUAAGUAAUACUUUGUGAUUCAGAGGUUGUAUGAUUUCAUAAAAUGUAGGUCACAGUGUUAUCUUGUUUGAUGAUGUCCUAAAUAGGAAAAACUGAAUCUAUAAUGUCUGUUUGUGUAAGCCAGUGUCAAUCAAUCAUUGAUGAUUAUGGAUACUUUAUCAGAAAGUGUCUUCUGAAUUUUCUUGGCAAUGAUUGUUAAUCAUUAGUAUAUGACCUAAGGCGUUGUCAUUUCCUAUAACUUGUUUGGGAUAAGAGACAGAAAAAGAAAGAAGAUGAAGGCUGUGAAAUGUUCCUGUACCCUGUUUGAAGUUUAUCAAACCAAAGCAGUAAAUACUGGUGGUUACUCAGACUGAAACUGAUCAUUGUUGAUUAAAGGGUCUGCAGACUGACACGGCUUUGUCAGUUAGAUCCACAAAUUCUGCAUCUUAGUGUUUCUAGUAUGGCUUUUAACAUUACCGCGUUAACGCUUUUGAUUAAUCUUGAAACCCUAACGCAUAAAAAAAUAAUAACGCAAUUUAACCAUAUGACUAAGUUUGACCACAACUUGCUCCCAUAGUCCUCCAGCGUGGAUGUUUGUGCCUGGGGGUGAAGAGGUGAGAGGCGGGUCAGACACAGCCAGCAGUGCUGAGUGAGGAGACAGACCCAGGUCUGCUUAAUGGCAAUUUUCUUUUUAAAAAGCUGGCGAAUGUUAGUGAAGAUAAAAACCAAAAUUGUGGGUACAUACUGCAGAGAUGAACCCUCUUUACACCGAAGCACCACGAGUCUUAAGUACCACCUUCAGGCAAAGCACAUCUUUGCUAAUGUUAGCAAAGAUGCCCAAAGCCAACAGUUUAUGCAGAAAACGACCUAUUUUAUCAAGAAUGGAGUCACUAUGAAGGGAUGUAUCAUAUUUCCUGUGUGAAUCUGAACUGUUUUCAUGAUUGUUUUAAGAAAGAUGCCUAAAAUUCCAAAUCAAAGUUUUUUUGUGAAUUUAAAAAAUAUAUAUACUAAAAAGAAGUGGGGGCCUAAAGUGGUCCGUGGGCUGCCUGUUGAUGAUCGCUGCAGUACUGAAAUGUGUUUUUUAAUAUCCUUGUUGACUGUAACUUUUAAACCAAAAUCAGAAAAUCUCUGCAUACUGCAUUAAAUGAUUUUUUUUCUUAAAUAUCUGAAAAGAGAAACAAUUUUUCAAUAGAAGUAUAAUCUGUUAUUUAAAUGUCACAUUACACUGCAUGAGGUCCAGUGAUAGCAGUUUGCUUGGAUGUCCCAAGAGUCCUCCUAAGACAUGGCUGGAGUGAUCAAACACUGCCCUCUAGAGGUGGUGAUGCAUUAGGACUAAUUCUUUUUUCCUGAUUCACUACAUCAAAGCUUUGCUUGCAUGUAUGAAUUAUGUAUCUGUUUUUUAAAUUUCUUGUAUGCAUAAAACACAUGUGAAAAUAAUUAAUGUAAUCAAUAUUUCGGUUAUUGUUUUGGCAAUUUAGGAAGCAUUAUAAAAGGUUUUUCUUGUUUUGUAUUUGAAUUGUUUGGUAAUGCAUUAAAAAUGGACAGGAAAUCUGAAUGCAUGUUAAUGUUGCUCCACUUAACUGCACUAUACUUGUCAUUAUGUCAU